UCUUGUUUUAUUUGUCAUUUCACAUUAUCAUUUUUAUGGCUGCAACAUUUCAUGUUCUUCUUUAUCACCAUAUUACCUUUUUCUUGCUCUUCCUCUUCUUUCCCAUCCAUGGCCUAACGCCCGGUUCAUCUCUAUCAGUCGAAAAUUCCGAUGACAUUUUACUCUCCCCAAACCGCCUUUUCACUGCAGGUUUUCACAAAGUCGGAGAUAACGCUUACUGUUUCGCCAUCUGGUUUUCUGACCAUCCGUCCACCAUGGUCUGGAUGGCGAACCGAGACGAACCGGUAAACGGAAAACACUCAAAGUUCUCACUACAAAAAGAUGGUAAUCUUGUUCUAACAGAUGCCGGUAGAUACAUCAUAUGGUCAACUCAAAUAAGAUUGAAUUCAUCUUCCAUAAAAUUACAACUUUAUAACACGGGUAACCUUAUUCUCCACGAACAUGAAAACCCUGUUUGGCAAAGCUUUGAUUAUCCAACAGAUACCCUUCUUCCAAACCAACUAUUAACCAAGAACACACAACUUGUUUCUUCAAGAAGUUCUACAAACUAUUCUUCUGGUUUCUAUAAGCUGUUUUUCGAUACCGAUAGCGUUCUUCGCCUUUGUUACGAUAAUCGUAAAACGACUACCGUUUUCUGGCCUGAUCCUGGUUUACUUUCUUGGCAAGUUGGGAGGUACCAGUACUUAUAUAGCGAAAGAGCCAGUCUUGAUUCAGAGGGUCGGUUUAACUCUACGGACGGGUUGGGGUUCUUGUCUGCGGAUUUCGGAUAUGGGCCGCAACGAAUGAUGAAGAUUGAUAUGGAUGGUAAUCUAAGAGUGUAUAGUCUGAUUGAGAAUGGAGCAACAAGGGAAUGGGUGGUUCAAUGGCAAGCUGUUUCUCAUUCUUGCAGGAUUCAUGGUGUCUGUGGACAAAAUAGUCUGUGUACUUACUCUCAAGAUGCAGGAAGGGCAUGCACCUGUUUACAUGGUUACAAGGUGGUGAAUUCCAAAGAUUGGAGUUACGGAUGUGAACCCGAUUUCCAAAUUUGCAGACCUGAAGACGAAGAUUUUGUAGAGCUUCGAUAUGUCGAAUUCUACAGCUACGAUAUCCGGUACCACGAAAACUACACCCUUGAUGCUUGCAAAACCGAUUGCUUACACGAUUGUGCUUGCAAAGGCUUCCAAUUUGGAUACGUUGAUGAUGUUGGAACCUAUUAUUGCUACAUUAAGACUUUUCUGUAUAACGGAUACCAGAUGGGAUUCUACAACUCGAUGUAUAUCAAACUACCAAAAACAUUUGUUUCAUCUUUUAAGCAAAAACCCAUGAACAAAUCCAACUUUCAUUGCUCAGGAACAACAGUCACACCCAUUAUAAGAUCCUAUGAAAAUAAACCGGAUAACAAGAUACUUCGAUUCUUGCUCAUAAUCGGAUGUGUCAUUGGGUUUAUUGAGAUCGUUUGUAUCGUUUUUUUCUGGAUCAAGACCCGUAAAAGCCCGGUUUCAGCCGAUCAAAGUUAUUCCCCGGCUGUAACACCAUUCAGAAAGUUCACAUAUCGCGAGCUGAAAAAGGCUUCGCGUAACUUCAGGGAUGAGAUCGGACGAGGUGGCGCUAGCGUUGUGUAUAAAGGAAGAUUAGCCGAUAACAGAGUUGCAGCAAUUAAAAAGCUCAAGAGCAUGGCUAACAAGCAAAAUGAAAUUGAAUUUCAAGCGGAAAUUAGCACAAUUGGGCGACUGAACCACAUGAAUUUAAUCGAAACCUGGGGUUAUUGUGCUGAAGGACCACAUAGACUUAUUGUUUAUGAGUACAUGGAAAACGGGUCGUUGGCUGAAAAAUUACGCGAUGGGAAGCUAGAUUGGGAAAUCAUUUUUGAAAUCGCAAAAGGUACAGCAAAAGGAUUGGCAUAUUUACACGAAGAGUGCUUGGAAUGGGUCCUUCAUUGUGAUGUGAAGCCUCACAACAUAUUGUUGGAUGGAAACUAUAAUCCUAAAGUUGGGGAUUUCGGGCUUUCAAAACUGUUGGAUAGAGGUGACAUCAAGAAAUCAAGAUUCUCAACAAUUAGGGGGACUCGAGGCUACAUGGCACCCGAAUGGGUGUUCAAGCUUCCAAUUACAUCGAAAGUGGAUGUAUAUAGCUACGGAGUGGUGGUUUUGGAGAUGAUAACGGGUCGGGGCCCAAGAGGGAAAAAGAAACGGGCUGAUCAUGAAGAUGAUGACCUUGAGCUCGGUGUGGUCGAGUGGGUGAGGGACAAGGUGAGAGAUGGUGAUGGAAGUGGGUGGGUUGAGGAUGUCGUAGAUGGUUUGAUUCCUGGCGAGUUUGAUCGAGAGAUGAUGGAAAAUCUGGUAAGAAUUGCAUUGCAAUGCGCAGAGGAUGAUAUGGAGGUUCGACCCACAAUGAGUUGGGUGGUUAACAGGCUUCUACAUCCGGAAAACGACGUAUAGGAUAUAUAACUCAUGAAAUGUCACAUUGUGUGUAACUUUUUCUUAUUUUGAUUUACUUCAUUUAAAUUUAAAAAGAGAAUCAAAACAUCUAUGCAUUAUUAUUUCCAUUUAUAAA